CUGAAAAAUGUUCGCGGAACUCCAUUUUAAAUCAGAUAUCUGUGGCGGUGUUUUUGGGACCAAAGUGAAAUGAAAGAAAUGGAAGGGGAACGCAGCUCGGAGAUGGAUUGCACGGUAAUUGAGAGCCCUACAGAAUCUCUGGAUGGCUCUGUCAUCUUCCACGCCAUCAAUGAAAUUUCUGGAUUUGUGCUCUACAUGCAUCAGCAAAUCCCUUCAAUGUUGCAGGAUAUCAGUUUCGAAUAUGAUACACUGUGUACAGACUACAAGGACUUGGAAAUGGGUCGUGUAGAAAUCCAAGAGAAAGCAUCGUUGCGAAGAAAACAUGGUAGCAAAAUGAGAGAGGUGAAGCAGGGAAUUAGAAGACUAGAGAAGUUGAUGCGGGCGGUUUCUGAUUUCCAAAAUGCUGUUAAGCUGGUGAUCAAUGAGGUUCCUAACAUCCAAGGGGUCAUUUUGGUUCUGGGAGCGAGUCCAUUGCGACCUCAACAUGUUUAUGAUUUGUGCUUUUCGCACGGUAAGUUGCCGGGCGGUGCACAAGAUUUCACCAAAAGCAGAGCUGCAGAAGUGCUCUCAAGAAAGGCUAUUCGGGCACUGAUCUCAAAGGGUGCUGGGUCUGGUUCUUAUCCAGGAGCUUCUAAAUUGUUUCUAUUGGUUAAAGCCCCCUCUUCAUUCAAUCUGCCCCUUCAUUUUCUUCCUAAGCGUGAGUUUAGAUACAGCAAAAAGAUUGUGCCUUUAAGAGUACAGUUCAAGUGCAGAACCCAAGUUGGUCUGGAAAUGGAUGCUGCUGACCUUGCGUCUCAAACUGGCAGCUCCAUUAGUUUAGUCCAGUCUACUCAAAAUGAAUUCAUUUGGUUCCAAUGUCGGCAUGUAAUUAAGGGCCUAGCAUUCAACACGGAAACGGAAGAAUGAGAAACAACCCACGGCUAGCCAUAUAGAAUAGGUUUUUUUUUUUUAUUAUUUUUUUUUAUUUUUUAUUUUUUCUUUUCCCCCCUUAAAAAUGUAUUUUAAUUGUCUACUGCACAUCAUUAGCAGGAUCAUUUUACCUGUAAAUCCUGCUUUUUAGUUUGUAGGUAGGAUUGCCCUGUAAGAGCAGAAGCAUUUUCCUUUUUCUUAAUUCUAAAGUUCAGUACCAAAAAUAGACGUAUUUUGUGAUUAAGAAAAUAUGUAUAUUGCCAGCAAAGAAUGGUCAUAUUCUCGUUAAUGUUCAUUU